UUCAGUUGUUGGCCUUGUUUGUCAACAAAGUCCAAGGUUAAUUUUAUUGUUUGUUCUUCCACGAAAUAAAACUCCGCAGUUUAAAAAUAUAUAUUAAUACGGUGUUGACAAAUAAGUGUGUUUUAUAUCUAUAACUUGAAUGGAUUUUGAUGAAUCAUUCAUGGCUAGCCAAGAUUUUGAAGAAACGGAACAAGCUCAAGAAGUGAGAGAGAGCGUAAGACGUGGCAGAAAGCCAGGGCGGAAAUCUGCUGACAAGGUAGAUGUCAAGGCUAAACUAGAGAGAAGUCGACAGAGUGCCCGUGAAUGUCGUGCUCGCAAGAAACUGCGUUAUCAGUACUUGGAGGAGCUGGUCUCCGACCGUGAGAAAGCUGUCUUUGCUUUGAGAAAAGAACUUGAAAAGUUCCGAGCUUGGGGCAGGGAACUGGAUGAAGGAAGGGUUCCAGAGGGUUUCCAGUCGUUCCUGGAAGAGAUGGGAGCUGUGAAACCUGAGGUGUAACUCUCUAUUAUCUCACAGAUUGUUGACAUUUUGGAACAUUGUACCAUAUUUUUUCGAAAUGUAGAUUGACUAUGUAUGUAACAAAACUAUUUUAAGGAUAGUUCUAAUCAUCCUUAUAUUUUUAAAUAUUAACGUAUUUCAUGGUUUGGAGAAGUGCAUAUAGUACUCAUUUCAACAUUUAAGCCUCGGUUUUUGAGGGCACAAAUUAAAGUAAGGGAGGCGCAAAGGUCCUUUUAGGACUAAGUGCGGGGACAAAGUGUCCUCUUCCCUCAGAA